CAAAUUUUCACUUCUCGGCGUGUCCCGCUUCGGCCGCUUAUCGUCAGUGGCAGACCAGCCGCACCGAUAGUCAGUAGGAAGAACGCUCGGCAUCAAGACAUUUUAAAAGAAACUCGAAAACUGCGAUCGUGUAUUUUUUCUUGAUUCUCUUCAGCACCAGCUCUCGGCGAUGAUGGUGACGCGCACGUGGUGACAACCGGUGGAAACCUUCUUCGAGGAGUGUUUUUUUUUGUAUAUAUUUUUUUUAAUCUUCGGUGGUGGAAGUGAUGAAUUGAGGUGACGAUAGUCAGUCGGAGAUGUGGUCGAAUGCGGUCCUCCCUUUGGUGGGGUGUUUUGCUGUUCUCGUAGCUACGGAACCCUGCAAUCCAAAAGCCUGCCAGCGAGACACCGACAGCCCUAAGCCAGUGUGUGGUUCAGACGGUCUCUCAUACCCGAACAGAUGCAUUUUCGAAAAAGCCCGCUGUCAAAACAAAAACAUCACCGUAGGAAAACGAGGACCAUGCAAAAAACAACGUCCCUGCUCAGAAUGGAGCGUAUUUAAUGAACAAAACUCAAUGUACAAUAACAGCUUUAUCCCUAAGUGCCGACCGGACGGUUCUUAUGACUCUGCCCAGUGCCAUUUAGGUGCCAAUUUCUGUUGGUGCGUCACGCCGGAAGGAGUUCCCUUACCUUAUACGUCGUCGAGACGAAAAAAUGACAACAGACCACCGAAAUGUGGACGAAAAAAAACUAACAGAAGACGAUCGUCGCCGGCGAGUAGGAGACAGCAGAGGAAUAAGAUAUGUAAACGAAAUGAAAAGUCAUUGCUGAAUAAUAACCUGAUCAAUAGCUUUCAAACGGAGUUUAUAAGAGAAUCCGGUCGCAACGACAGCGACAACGUUAUCAUCACCUGGAAAUUUCGAAUGCUAGACCAAAACAGCGACAAUAUUUUGGACAAAUUCGAAUACAGAGACCUGAGGAAGGUCGUACGAAAAGUAGUGAAACCCAAAAAAUGCGCUAGGCAGUUUCCCAGAACUUGUGAUGUGAAUAAAGACGGAAGAAUAAGUAUCCAGGAGUGGACCGACUGCCUGACUAGAGAUGGGCGCAUGGAUAUGGACGACGGCAGCAGCCAGAACACAUCCAACGACAGCGACGGCGACGACGACACGGCCGACUACGAAGAUCCCUUCGCACCGGGGAAGUCCACGCCGCACGAAGUUCUCAAUUCGGCAUUGGGAUCAAUGGGUGGGAUGGACGACGAUACUUCAGAAGUUGCAGAGGAUCCAACCGACUGUUUAUCAGAUCAAAAAACGGCCUUAUCAGAAGGAUAUAUGUUGUAUGUGCCAGUAUGUACGCCUGAUGGACGAUAUGAAAAGGUCCAGUGUUACAAAUCCGCAGGUUACUGUUGGUGUGUCAAUGAAGAUACAGGCAAGAAUAUUCCGGGUACUUCUGUCAAGAAUGGCACGCCCAAUUGUGAUCACUUGAAAACAAACACCAGGGUCAUGAAGGGUUGUCCCGAUGAUAAGAAAUUCAUAUUUUUGAAGGAUCUGCUCAACUUUUUGCACAAUAAAAUGUCAGAAAUCACGAACGGUACAAAUACUAGCAGCUUCAACAAUCUUGCUUGGAUAGAGUCGAAAGAAGAACAAGUCGCGACGUGGAGUUUCGUCAUUUUCGACAAGAACAAAAACAAAAUGUUGGAAAGGGCCGAGUGGAAGGCCUUCAAGGACAUGGUGGGCGGCGUGAAGGGAUUGAGAAAGUGCGGUAAAAAGUUACCGAGGUACUGUGAUACCAACAAAGAUAGACAGAUCAGUAUGACGGAGUGGUUGGAGUGUCUUAGUGUAAGACAAGGUAUUUCCAGUAUUCCCAGUAUUUCUUCUUCGCCCAGAGCUGGAAAGACCAAUCCUCUCAGUAUGUUAAAAGACGACUAACUACUCUAUUACAAAAAAAUAGAAAAGUGUUGCAGUGUUUCUGUUGGUAGAAUUAUUUCUGUGGACAAACAUAAGUUUGAUUUUUUAUUUGUUUUCGACAGACUUUGGCUGCGAAGCCUUCUUCUCGACAUUUUGUGAUUAUAGUUUAAUGUACAGCUUAUAUUUUCCUUUUUUUUUUAGUGUACAAGGUGCAAAUUAUAUGUAUAUAUUAAAAAAUAUAAAGACGGUGCAUAAUGUUCCAGAUGUGUAUAAAUUUAUUGAUUACCUUUUUUCGUCGCAAAAUAUUAUUUCAUGUAUUAAGUUUAUAAUAAAAUAUUUGUUAGGAAUCAGUAGUAUAUUACUUAACUGAUGUGGAAAGUAAAGUAUUUCGCGCGUGUGCGGAAACGCUAGAGUCCAGGAAAUACAUUUUCAAAUAGUGCAAUAUAUUUUUCCUACGACCACACUGCGCUAAAUGAUGUAUUAUAGUAGUGUAAAAUGUGUCGUCUGCAUUCCAAUUUUAAGGAGCUUUAGUUUUUGUGAAGUUGUGUGUUCAAAUGAAUAAUAAUAAUUACUGCUUAUGAAUAAUCGCUAUUUAUUUAUUUAUUAAGAGUGGAAAGUGCUCAUAUUACACAAGAUUUUUUCUACAAUAACACUAUAUUACCAAAUUCAAAUUUUACUUCAAUGUUUAUUUGACCGACACCGUUAGCGAAUCGUGUAUUAUGUUGUUUUACCUACUUGCGUGCAGAUUGAAAACGGGAAUAGUAUAUUAUUAAACGAGCAAUUUAUGGUAGCCAUUAUUCACGCACGGUGACGUUUGCGUCCCGAGCCGUAGGCGAGGGGCGCAAGUCACCCGAGUGAAUAUUGGCCAUAAAUUGCGAGUCUAAUACUAUACUUUGUCCACGACCUUUAUGGUUUCUUUAUUAAAUAAAAGUUAAGUGUAGAAUGGAAAAUUUUAUUAAAC